GAAGGGCAAUGCUCCCCACCACCAUAAAUAAUCAUAGACCCUCACCCCCGCCACUCGCUCACCACAUUCUUUAAUUUUCUGCCUUUUAUUCCCAUAACCAAAAUCUCCCAAUUGUAUCUCCAAUAUCUCUGCAACGCAGCACCGUCAGCUUCUACUUCGCCACCAUCCUCAUGGCUUCCUCAGCCCUCCCUUCUCCUUACCUCCAAUCUCAAUUCCAGCCUCUCAGAAGUUCAUCUAAGCCCUGCUCUCGAAGAUCCUUUGUCUUGCCAAUCAAAGCCUCUAUCUCUGAAAAACCAUCUAUUGCUGCCUCACCGCGGUCUGUUUCCCCAGUUGAACCUUCCAAACUCCCUUUUCGCAAAAUCCCCGGCGAUUAUGGCCUCCCUUUUAUCGGACCCAUCAAAGAUCGACUUGAUUAUUUUUACAAUCAGGGGAAAGAAGAGUACUUCAAAUCUAGAGCUCAAAAGUACCAGUCAACGGUGUUCAGGGCCAAUAUGCCUCCUGGUCCUCUCAUAGCUUCCAAUCCACACGUGGUCGUUUUGCUUGAUGGGAAGAGCUUUUCUGUUCUUUUCGAUGUAACUAAGGUCGAAAAGAAAGAUCUUUUUACUGGUACUUUCAUGCCCUCCACAGAUCUCACCGGCGGCUACAGAAUUCUCUCUUAUCUUGACCCGUCUGAGCCGAAGCAUACCCAACUCAAGAACUUCUUGUUCUAUCUCUUGAAGGCUCGCCGGGAUCAUGUAAUCCCUGAGUUCAGUUCAACUUAUACCGGACUGUUUGAGAGCUUGGAGAAGGAUCUUGCGUCAAAGGGUAAAGUCGGUUUCAACGAUCCCGGCGAGCAAGCGGCGUUUAGCUUUCUGGGCCGGUGUUACUUCGGUGUAGACCCUGUGAAUACUAAAGUUGGGACUGAUGGACCUUCUCUGAUAGCUAAAUGGCAACUGUUUCAACUUGCUCCGAUACUCACACUUGGCCUUCCUGCGUUUAUUGAAGAACCCACCAUCCACACCUUCCGGCUACCUCCUCAGCUCGUCAAAAAAGAUUACCAGCGACUCUACGAUUACUUCUACUCCUCCGCCGGAUCCCUCCUUGACGAGGCUGAGAAGAUGGGUCUCUCGCGAGAAGAAGCUUGUCACAAUAUCCUUUUUGCCACUUGCUUUAACACCUUCGGAGGCCUUAAGAUCUUUUUCCCGAACAUACUCAAGUGGAUCGGUCGUGCAGGAGUGAAGCUUCAUACCCAAUUAGCCCAAGAGAUCAGAUCAGUCCUUAAAUCCAACGGAGAACAGAUCACGAUGGCUGCUCUGGAACAGAUGCCACUGAUGAAAUCCACUGUGUACGAAGCAUUCCGUAUCGAACCGCCGGUACGAGCACAGUACGGGAAAGCAAAGCGUGAUUUGGUCAUCGAGAGUCACGACGCAGCUUUUGAAGUAAAAGAAGGUGAAAUGAUAUUCGGGUACCAACCAUUCGCGACGAGAGAUCCGAAAAUAUUCGACAGACCCGAUGAGUACAUUCCGGAUCGAUUCGUCGGCGACGGAGAAAAGUUAUUGAAGCACGUGCUGUGGUCAAACGGACCAGAGACAGAGCAUCCAACGGUGGGAAACAAACAGUGCGCGGGUAAAGAUUUCGUGGUAUUUAUAUCAAGACUUUUCGUGGUUGAAUUAUUUCGACGAUACGAUUCGUUUGAAAUUGAAGUUGGAUCAUCGGCGUUGGGGUCUUCCAUCACCAUUACGUCGUUGAAGAGGGCGAGUUUUUAAGGCGGCUGUGGAAUAGUAAUUAAAGAAGAAAAUUUAUAGGAAAAAUUCGGAGUCGUCUCCACAGAUCUCGACUUCAGCAUCAGUUAAAAUUAAUUAUAUAUAAAAAAAAAUCGUAGGAUGUCUCAGCGCAGGCAUGUUUGUAAUAAUUGAACUAAAAUUUGCAGGGGGGCAAGGAUGUCGGGGUGGUGAAAGGGAUCUUUGCUUGUCUAUCAAUUAUAAUUUACAAUCUUCAUGUGCAGUGGAGAUUGAAUGGGAUGUUCUUUAAUUUAUGAAAUGUAAUUGUUGAUUUUGCCCCGUUGGACUAAUAAAAUUAGUAAUUUCUUUUUUCUGAAUAAA